ACAGAGGAAAGCAACGUGACAUUUAUACAGAAACAUCAAUAAUUAGCAGGCAUGUUAUAAAGUGCAGGGCAAAAGCACACUUAGGGAACAUACACAAUCCAAAUAAACAAGCCAGCAGCCAAUAAAAUGACACGUGACUCAGGGACCAAGAAAAAUGAUUAGGCCCCGCCCCCUGAUGUCAGAGCAGUUUCCAGCACGGCCACCUCUAGGGUGAUGUGACAGCUACAAUUAGAUCAAUACACACAGGUUCCCCGCCUGCACGCACUGACAACUGACCUGUACCCAGAGCCUGGCAUAGAAAUAGACACCUCUAUAGAAUAUAUACACAGCUGGACACCGGACCAUGAGCCCAUGCCAGCCCUGAUCCAGCAGUGCCCGGAACUCCCAUCAAACUUCCCUACCGCCAACCCCUCUAGAUAAAGCCCUGGGCAGAGAAGUGCAGAGGGAUGGUGGUAGUUUCAGGCCAGCUGGAAGAUCGAGGGACCACAGACGAUGCCAUGUCGAGUUCUGAUGCUGAAGAUGAGCUUAUUGAGCCUGCCACGCCCACCCCGACCAACGCCGUCUUCUCACUGCAGGACAAAGUGCACCCGCUGCAGAUCAUUAUCCUUUGAUGGUGGAAGACGUACGUUAUUAUUUAUGCUUCCGCAGCUUCCUGAAGUUAUUCCACUUAAUGUGGGAGGGAUGGGCUUUACAACCAGGCUGUCAACACUCCUACGCUACGAGGACACCAUGCUGGCUGCUAUGUUUAGUGGGCGCCACUACGUUCCAACAGAUGCAGAAGGGAGAUACUUUAUUGACAGAGAUGGCACCUAUUUCGGAGAUAUUCUGAACUUUCUGCGCUGUGGAGAUCUCCCUCCCCAAGAAAGGGUGAAGAUGGUAUACAAGGAAGCUCAGUACUAUUCGAUUGGGCCACUGCUAGACAUUUUGGACAAAAUGCAACCACUUACUGGAGAAAAAGUGAGACAAGCCUUCCUAGACCUGAUGCCUUAUUACAAAGACCACUUGGAGCGCAUUAUUGACAUUGGGAAACACAGAGCUAUACAGAGGAAAGCGCGCUUUGCCAAACUGAAGGUCUGCGUGUUUAAAGAAGAGAUGCCCAUCACACCUUAUGAGUGCCCUCAAUUCAAUGCAUUGCGCUUCGAAAGGAGUGAAAGUGAAUCAAAACUUUUUGAGCACCAUUGUGAGGUUGAUGUCUCUUUUGGGCCAUGGGAAGCAGUGGCAGAUGUGUAUGACCUUCUUCAUUGUAUAGUUACUGAUCUAUCAGAGAGAGGCAUUGCGGUGGAACACCAGUGCAUAGGUGUCUGUGACAAACAUCUCAUAAAUCAUUAUUACUGCAAGCGCCCAAUCUAUGAGUUCAAGAUCACAUGGUGGUAAGAUUUUAUGGGCAACUCUAGGAACUCUAGGACCAAAUCUUUUGAAACAGACUUCAAAUGCAACAAACUGCUCACUGUUUUGUACUAGAUGGCUAUUAAUAUGUAUAUAAUACAGCAUAGCGCUGGGCAGAAGAUAAUGUAAUAAGCUAAAUAUGGUGGGAUAUUACACCACUGAGAGAAAUGUUAGUGAUAAAAAGAACAUGAUUAAACUGCACGGUGCGCUGAUGCCUUCAGUAACCUAGCACACUUAUAAUUACUGUUCCCAUAACAGGAGUUAGCUACCUGACUGCAAGUUCAUUGACAAAUUCCUAAAACUUUUUUUUUUUAGUUUUUCCUUUUGCUGUUUCCUUAGAAAUUUUGUCAGGCUGUUUAUAGUUUGCACAGACACAGCCCCACAGUAAGGGCAAAGCUAAAUGGCUGGUAAUGUUUUUUGUACCUCCAGCACAGAGCCACAAUGGGAAGUUUUUCCUGUUUGACUGUUUAAAUAAUGGUUCUGAGACAAACUAUAAAUGUGAUUUAUUCAUAUAUUUAUUUGUAUAAUAUACAAUCAUACAAUGAUUCAUAUGCCUAAAUAGAAACUUUUAUAUUAUGAAUACACUGGGCAGCAUGAUGCACAUCAUGAUGAGUUAUGUUGGAUCCAUAACUUAUUUUGGCUGGCAGCGUAGGCAAGUACUUAUUCUCCCUAAAUAUAUUCUAAGCCGCAGACAUUUUUUAUUCACAAUAAGAUGCUUUUUAUUGUUUUC